UCAUUCCAGCGAAUGGAAGUGUUGGAAAACAGUGUUCAGGCCUCGGUUUCACUCGGCCUUUGGUUAUGAACGUUAUGAACUGACCAGACGACCACAGACGAUCCCCAUUUUUUCGUAAAUAAAAAUAACGAGUGAGCCCCCGCGGUUUUGUGCAAUCGUCCAGUGAUCGUUUGAUGAUUGUGUGAUCGAAUCGCCAGGUGAAUCGAGCGGUCGGCGACGCCAAUUGAACCGACAGAAAAAAUGUGGCGCCUCCCGCUGCUCCUGUUGCUGGCCUCGGCUGUGGGUCAGCAGCCGGACGAUCCCUACGACUCGACGCGGGCCACCUGGAACCGCUACGACCCGAACGACCCCCAAAGCCCGACGUUCGGCUACCGCAGCCCGUACGACCGUCAGGACCAGAGUCCCUACGACCGGCAGGACCAGUCCCCCCCGUUCCCGUCGAGUCCCCGCGCCCCCGGUUUCCCCGACAACAUCAUCUUCAAGGAGGCCACCUACUUCGUGGUGGCCUCUCGCAUGUGCAGACCCGGCCAGAUCUACCGAGUGGCAGUGGACGUCCUGCGCAGCGCGGUUCCGAUGACAGUUCGCGCGACGAUCCAGCGGAACGGCGUGGAGAUCGCUGCUGACCACAAAGACGUGAAGGAGGGCAUCCCCGAGAACCUGAUGCUCCGGAUGCCCCCCACGUCGAUCCCAGGGGACUACAAGCUCAGAGUUGAGGGACUGUACAACGGCCUCACCGGGGGCCAAGCCUUCCUCAACGAGACCAGACUCACCUUCACCCAGAGGUCGAUGACUAUCUUCAUUCAGCUGGACAAACCUGUCUACAUGCAGGGCCAGACCGUUCGCUUCCGCGCGAUCCCGAUCGACACGGAACUGAAGGCCUUCAACGAUCCCGUCGACGUCUACAUGCUGGACCCCAACAGGAGGAUCAUGAGGCGGUGGCUCAGUAGACAGAGCAAUCUGGGAACAGUCUCUCUGUCCUAUCAACUGUCAGAUCAGCCCGUCUUCGGGGACUGGAUCAUUCAGAUCAUCGCCCAGGGACAGGUGGAGGAGACCAAGUUCGUCGUGGAGGAGUACUACCAGACGAGGUUCGAGGUCAAUGUCACCAUGCCUGCCUUCUUCUUCGAUACGGAUCCCUUCAUUCAUGGGAUUAUUCAGGCCAAUUACACCUCCGGGGCACCCGUCAGGGGAAACUUGACGCUCAAGGCCAGUUACAGACCCAUCGACAGGUACAGGGCCCAUAAUUACGUGAUGCAGGAGCAGCACUUCAACUUUAAUGAGUAUUAUCCCGCCUGGUUCAAGACUGUUGAUCGGUAUGGGUCGUCACCAGUGCUGAGGUUCUUCAAUGGAACUUACAGAUUUGAGUACCCAAUGGCUGAGCUCCUCGCCUACUCCCCAACGCUCGACGGAAUGGAAGUGACGAUAACUGCAACUGUUGGUGAGCGAUUCCUGGACGAAGUGAUCGUGGGCUACUCGACAGCGAGGAUCUACAACUCAAGUGUUCGAGUCCACUUCUUCGGAGGCUCACCCCAGGUCUUCAAGCCCGCAAUGGCCUUCGACCUGCACAUUCUGGCGUCCUUCUACGACGGAUCGAUCCUGAGGGACACUCAGCUGCGCAACGCACAGAUGGAAGUCAAGGCUGACAUCGACACGAGGAACGGGAGACGACAACUGGACGCGCAGUAUCUGGCGGCUUCUGACGAGAACCCCUCGAUCUGGCACGUGAAGAUCGAUCUGAGGAAGCAGUUGAACCUGCUCGACGAUCCCAGACGCGCCCAGCAGGAGCUCAACAGCAUCACGGGGAUGAGGGUCUACGCGCAGCUGCUCGAUGGCGAGGGCCACAGGGCACAGGCUGAGCUGCGUCUCCUGGCCCACGAAUCCCCGGAGCAGAGGCACAUCAAAGUCUGGACCUCCACGAAGACUGCCAAAGUGGGGGAGUACCUGGUCCUCCACGUGCAGACCAACUUCUACAUUGAGACGUUUAACUACGUGAUUUUAUCCAAGGGGUCGAUUAUCCUCAGUGGACAGGACAUCAUGGAGCACAACAUAAGGACGUUCUCUAUUCCCUUGAGCUCGGAAAUGGCACCGGUAGUGACAGCAGUGGUCUAUCACGUCGCCAGAUACGGCGACGUGGUCGCCGACUCAAUGACAAUUCCCGUCAACGGCAUCUCCCGCAACAACUUCACGAUCUUCAUAAACAACAAGAAAGCCCGGACUGGCGAGCGCGUCGAGGUCGCCAUCUACGGCGAGCCCGGGGCCUACGUCGCCUUGUCGGGAAUCGACCGAGCUUUCUACACGAUGCAAGCGGGCAACGAGCUCACCUACGCCAACGUCAUCUCCAAAAUGUCGCACUUUGAUGAGGACACCAACGGAACCCACUCCCACAGCUGGGUCUUCCACGACGGCGAUCCAGACGAAGUCGUACACUUUCCCUCCUCUACUUUCGGAAUCGACGUCAACAGGACCUUCGAGUACAUCGGCCUAGUCGUCUUCACGGAUGCCCACAUCUACAGGAGACCCGACACCUGCAACAGGACCCAGGGCUUUGCCGAGUGCAUCUCAGGUUCAAUCCGUUGUUACCGAUUCGACAAGAAAUGCGACGGGGUGUUCGACUGCGAGGACGGCACAGACGAGGCAAGAUGCUCAAUGGGAAAUGCCACAGACCUCUCCCUCUUCCGCAAGAACCGCUUCAACCGGAUUCACCGCCUGUACGAGAACGUCUGGCUGUGGAAGGACAUAAACAUCGGUCCCCACGGCCGCCACAUCUUCAACGUGGACGUCCCAAGGCGGCCGGUCCACUGGAUGGUGACAGCCUUCAGCAUGAGCCCCAGCAAAGGCUUCGGAAUGUUGCCGAAGGCCCUGGAGUACACCGGAGUCCUUCCGUUCUUCAUCAACGUGGAGAUGCCCGACACGAGUCGACAGGGCGAGCAAAUAGGCAUUCGAGUCUCAGUAUUCAACUACAUGAAGUACAACAUUGAGGCGACGGUGGUCCUGGUCGGCUCCAACGACUACAAAUUCGUUCACGUCGAGGAGAAUGGCAUCGUCCAGUCGUACAAUCCGAGGACCUCCUUCGGGGAUCAUCAGUUCUUCAUCUGGAUUCCAGCGCAGGACGCGGAGAUUGUGUACCUCCCCAUCGUCCCAGUGAGGCUUGGGGACAUCAAAGUCACGAUCUACGCGACAACAAUCAUUGGUCGUGACAUUGUGGAGAGGAAUCUUCAUGUCGAGGCCGAUGGGCUGCCCCAGUACAGGCAUGAGUCCAUGCUGCUGGACCUCAGCAACAGGGGGUAUAUCCUGGAACACAUGCACGUCAACAUCACGGAGACACCCAUUAUCCCAUACUCGGAGCAGCGGUACUACGUCUUUGGCUCGAAUAAGGCCACGAUAUCAAUCGUUGGGGACAUCGUGGGGCCCAUGUUCCCCACCAUGCCGGUCAAUGCCACUAGUCUGCUGGGGCUUCCCAUGGACUGCGCCGAGCAGAACAUGUUCAGCUUUGCUGCCAAUAUGUAUACGACGCUGCACAUGAGGUUGAUAAACCAGCGUAAGAGAGGAGUGGAGAAAGAGAGUUUCUACCACAUGAACAUAGCUUACCAGCGCCAGCUCUCCUUCAUGAACCCCGACGGUUCCUUCAGUCUCUUCCGAAGCGACUGGAACAACUCCUCCCCGAGUGUCUGGCUGACAGCAUUCUGCGCGCGUAUCUUCCAGGAGGCGAGUUUCUACGAGUGGGAGAACCACCUUUACAUCGAUCCCGACGUGAUAGCCCAGGCAGUGGCGUGGGUGCUUCGUCACCAAACCGAGCUGGGCUCCUUCUACGAGGUGACCUGGUUCCCAGACCGUAAAAUCAACAGCACCCUGCAGGACGACGAGGGCAUCAUCCGAUCCAGAAACAUCAGCCUGACAGCUCACGUCCUGAUAACCCUGGAGACCGUGAAGGACUUGACAGGAGGUCUGGGCUCGCAGGUGGCACUGGCCGCAGCCAAGGCCUCCAAAUGGCUGGAGCAGAAUCUCAACCUGCUGGAGGCCAAAGGAACGCCCUACGAGAUCGCCAUAACUGCUUACGCCUUGCUCCUCUCCCAGUCAGCAUCAGCAGAGCAGGCGUUCAAUGUUCUGUCCAUGCACGCCAGACGAAACGGAUCGUACGCAUACUGGGGGAGAAAGGACAUUCCCCCGCCCCCAAUAAAAACCGAGAAUACGAAGACUUACCUGUUGCCCCGACUGCCAUACGAAUACGACUCUGAGAAUAUCGAGACAACGGCUUACGCUCUGCUGGUGCACGUGGCAAGACAAGAGGCGUCGGUGGACCCCAUUGUCAAGUGGCUGAAUUCCCAGAGGCUGACCGACGGUGGAUGGGCAUCAACUCAGGACACAGUAUGGGCGAUGAAGAGUCUGAUGGAUUACACCAUCAGAUCUAGGAUCAGGGAAGUGAGCUCUCUGGUGGUGACCAUCGAAGCCACUGCAUUGUCUGGUAAAAGUAAGAUCCUGAGGAUUGACAACAGCAAUCUGCUGCAGAGGCAGGCCAUCGAGAUCCCCGAGGCCUGGGGGACCGUCAAGAUUCAGGCUAGGGGCGCUGGUUAUGCCAUUCUCCAGAUGACUGUUCAGUACAAUGUCGAUCAGCCACGUUUCCAGACACAGCCACCUGUCAGGGCAUUUGAUCUCGUUGUUAAACCCGAUUUCGUGGGGAGGAAUAAGUCGCAUAUUGUUUACAAGAGCUGUCAGAGGUGGACUAAUCUCGAGGAGUCCGCCAGGUCGGGAAUGGCUGUGCUGGAUGUCACCAUUCCCACUGGGUACAUGAUACAGCAGCAGACUUUGGACAGGUACACCAGGUCCAGGAUGGUGAGGAAUCUGCAGAGGGCGAGGUUCCACUGGAGCGAGAAGAAGGUACUAUUCUACUUUGAUUAUCUCGAUAGCGAGGAGACUUGUGUCAAUUUCACUGUUGAGAGGUGGUAUCCUGUGGCCAACAUGUCGGCUUAUCUACCUGUCAGGGUCUACGAUUAUUAUGCACCUGAGAGGUUCAAUGAGACCAUCUUCGACUCAUUGCCGACGUACAUUCUGAACAUUUGCGAGGUCUGCGGGAGCUCGCAGUGCCCAUACUGCCCGAUUUACAACGCAGGGACGGUAUUCACGUCCUCGGGGAUUGUUAUGGUAGUCUCCAUUCUCAUUUCUGGUUUUAGGUAUUUUAGGGGGCAGGAGUUCAAUUUUGGGGGGGCCAGGGGAGGGGGGUAGGGAUUACUGGAGGUUUAGGGAGUCUCGGGGAUGAGAGUUUUGGUGGAAAGUGUUUGGCUAUGGGAAAUAGGGAAAUUUUUCUAGAGCUUUCUAAAUUAUCCGGGGAUUUAGAGAUAUAAAAAACGAAUUAUUGGUUGAAUAUAUGGGAUUUAAGGAAUUUUUAUAGUACUUCGACAAAAAAUUCUCAUCCAAGUUACCGUCUCCCAUAUUUUAAAGAUGUUUAUGAGAAAUUCAUUCCCAUUUUAACGCACAGAUAGUUUAAUUCUGUCAUGACAGAAUUGUGGAAAAAUGUGCCCAUAAAAAUUCUCCUAUUUCUCACAGAGUCUCAAAGGACUUUAUCAGAACAAAAUUCUACCGAGUCUCAUUACUGAGUAAUUAUGUUUUAAUAAGAUGAGAUUGUUCUUGUUCUAUAUUCCAUGAGGUAAUCUCUAGUGCGUUGGCAGUUUGCUAUCAACACCCCCCAAUGAAUCCCCGCAGAAUCUCAUUUUGUAUAGUUCUUUAUAAUUUUUUACUCCAAUAAUUGUUUAAUUAAGGAAUUAGCGAACGUACAGAUUGAUUGAUAAUCGCUCGACGACAGAAUGGGAAAUAAAAACUUGACAGCCUGUACAUAGUAGGGCAUAGUAAACCAGUACAAUCGUUCAAACCCAACAUCAGAGUUAUAUUUUAAUAAAUAAUUGUAGUUAUUGAGCUUGGCUCUCAUAUCAAAGUUUACUGAUAAGUUUUGGGUAACUGUGUACAACACUCGCCAAAGAACUGUUAAUCUUCAGUCCGUGGCGGGGGUAUUACUCCCAAGUACCCCAACAAUCCUCAUAACAUGGUUUUAUAGAGUCUCAAAGUUUUUUAUAAUAAACUAGGUAUUUGGUUAUUUUUGUUAAAUCAUCCGUCCAAACUCCGUCGGGAGUUGACUUUGUACUUUUAUAAUUAAUCGUAUGAAAAAUUAUUCAUAUCUAGGCUUGACGAUUUUAUAUCACAUAAACACGAAUUAUCAUCGUUCGUUAUUAUGAUGAAUCUCAGAUCCGUCCACUGCAUAACAAAACUGAAUUAUAAGUGACUUAUUAAUUUUUGUAAUGUCUAUACAAAUAAAGAAUUGUCAAUUUUUUCAGUA